AUGAAGCAGAUCCAGUUUCCCAGAACCAAGUGUCAUGUUACCUGUGGUGACGUAGUCUCCGAAAAGCUCACCAAGCCGGAAAGGUCCCUCGUCAAGCACAAUCUCUCUUGCCGUGUGCAGCUACUACUACCUGAGGCUAGCUUCCAGCGUAUGGAACUGCAGCUAGCAGGGCUCCGAGCCUCCACCUUCCAGAUGACCAUUCCUAGCUUGAACGCGCUCCUCAGUCCCGGCUUUAUUGCCUUGGUGGCUGCGCACAGAUUGUGCGUGGUGAGCGAGGGCCAUGUGGACCACGAAGAUAUGUUUGCCAUUGUAUCCAAACUUUCCACAAAGGCCGUUAGGAUGGUGUUGAAUUUAUCCGAAUUGACCUACCAGAGGUGUGGGCUUAUGGGAAAACGGUCUCAGUUGCUCUCCGGAAUCCUGAAACAGAAAAAGUACCAGGUGGUCUAUGCUGACGUCUGCGCCAACGACGAACAACAACAAUGGGACAGGCUUCUCUGGAGCUCAGAUAAAAUCUUCCAGAACACUAAGAUUACUGUCACGUGUAGCACUGAUGAAACAGCCAUUGCGGAAACUAAAGCCUACUUAUCCCUGAUCGGAACGGUCACUCACACGGUGGUCGGUCCCCAGGUGCAGAGGUUCACGUCGGUAGACACCCCAAAGACCCUUAGCUACUCUCAGCACCUUAAGGAAAACCCGCCAUACGCCGAGUCGCUUUUAAAGGAUCAUUUGGAGUCGUACACUUUGGAUCUUCUCGAGUGGCUCGCUUACGCAUCGGUCAACGGCCAGCAACUCACGCAGGAGGUCGACCCCUACGUUUCCAGCUACUCCGUCCGCGACUUGGACGGGACUUGUAAGCAGAACCUUGUCUGCGUCACCUGGGACGGGCUCAUAGCCACUGACUUCUUGUCAUUCAAGCUCCACCAGCUCCAGAAGGGCAAAGACUGGUCCUGUGUGGCCAGCUAUGGGCUAGCAGACACGCCCAUCAGUUUUGGCCUCCAGGAACACGGCUUCCAUGAGAAUGGGCAGAACGACGUGGUGGUGUUGGUGACGGGAGAUAAAUACACCUUGUGGGAGAUUCUCGGGGGAAGAGAUGGCUACUAG